AUGAGAACACACAUCAACGCAUUUGAAGAGGCCACACAGUGCGCAUGCAGUGCACUCGUGUGCCGUUCACACAACUUCUGCAGAACCUGUAUUACUAAGUUCUGGGGUGAAAACGUCCGGUGCAAAUGUCCUGUUUGCAACGAGCUUUUCCAUGCAAGACCUGAUCUACGUGUCAAUAUACUCUUAUCAGAGCUGGCAGCUCAGAUUAAAAAGUCUGUACGAGUAAAAGAGCAGCCUUUUGUUGAAUCAGCAGAAGUUCCAUGUGACGUCUGUACUGGGAUCCAGCUGAAGGCCGUGAAGUUCUGCCUAGUGUGUUUAACCUCUUACUGCCAAACUCACCUGGAGCCACAUCAUAGAGUCGCAGGCCUGAAGAGACAUGAGCUGGUCGAGCCUAUGGACCUUCUGGAAGAUAGGAUGUGUAAGAAACAUGACCGACUUCUGAAACUCUUCUGCAAGACUGAACAGGUGUGUGUGUGUCAGUCCUGCACAGAGACAGACCACAAGUUCCAUUCUGUUGUACCUCUAAAGGAGGCGUAUGACGUGAAGACGGCCCAGCUGGGGAAGAUAGAGGCUGAAGUUCAGCAGAUGAUCCAGAGCAGAAUCCGAAUGAUUCAAGGGAUUAAAGACACAGUAGAAUUGAGCAAAGAAGACGCAGAUAGAGAGAUAGCCGAUGGUGUGCAGGUCCUCACCGCUCUGAAGCGUCGCAUUGGAAAGUGCCAGGAUGAUUUCCAUCGAGCGGUUAAAGAGAAACUCAAUUCCACAGAGAAACAAGCUGAAGACUUCAUCAAAGAGCUGGAACAGGAAAUAAAAGACUUGACUAAUAGAAGCUCAGAGGUGAAGCAGCUCUCACACACUAAAGACCACCUCCACUUCCUCCAGGCCUUCAGAUCCCUGAAGAAUACUCCACCCACCAGGGACUGGAAGACGGUGGAGGUCCGUCCUCCGUCAUACGUAGGGACCUUGAGGAGAUGCCUGGAUCAGCUGGAGGAGACACUGAACAUGGAGAUGAAGAAGGUGCCUGACCUGAAACCAGGCAUAAAGAAGUAUGCUUGUGAACUCACACUGGACCCGAACACAGCCCACAGACAUCUCUCUCUGUCUGAGGACGACAGAGAGGUGACACAGCUUGGAUGCAAUCAAGGGUAUCCUGGUCACCCAGAAAGAUUUGACUACCGUAGACAGGUGUUGUGUAGAGAGGGUCUGACUGGCCGCUGUUACUGGGAGGUAGAGUGGGAGGAAAGGGUGGAUAUAGGAGUGACAUACAGAGGAAUCACAAGGAGAGGAAGGGGGGAUGACAGCUUGCUUGGAGAGAACAACAUGUCUUGGUGUCUUCAUUGUGAUGAAAAUAAUGGUGGUGAUUUUUACUCUGCCCACUUCAAUGGUAGUGAAACAAAAAUACCUUUCGCCUCUUGCUAUAACAGAGUAGGAGUGUAUCUGGACCAACCUGCUGGCAUUCUGUCCUUCUACGAAGUGUCCCCAGAUGUAGGAGGAUCCUCAGACACACUGACACACAUCCACACCUUCCAGCCUACAUUCACUCAGGACCUCUACCCUGGGUUUAUGUUGUAUGAUUAUGGUUCCACAGUGUCUCUGUGUCAGCUAUAGUCUCCUUCCCUCCCUACCUUCCUUGCUGCAUGGUGGGAUUGUGGUCUCUAUAGACUGAGUGAGUGACUUUCAAACGGUUGUAUCCUUUGUGUCUGUAUUUUUCCUUGUCAGUGUGUAAAUACAGUGGGUCUAGGGAGGGUUUUGUGAUCUUUGCCGCCAGACAGCAAUUGCUGGGCAGCAUUUCUGUUUGGUCACAAUGACAGAGAUGACCAAACUCAGAGGUCGUGUGCCUUGGUAGAGAACAGUCUGUCAAAAACAUGGAAUUGAAAAUCAAAGACUAUUUUUAAAACAAACAAUUGAUUGUUAAGUCAGUAAACCCCCUAAUGGGGGUUAAAGAAAAGGGGUCUUCUCUGACCAAGAGAUCUACAGGUUGAAGAAAAUCAGGGAACUGAAUGAUGAUGGCGGUGAAAAGAUAAUCUGCAUCCUAGUGAAUUUUUAUGGACGUGAAUAACAAAAUAAGAAGCAGACAGAAAAUCUGUUUGAAAAAUAAUUUGUGUUCCUAAAACAUGUGUAUCUAAAACAUAGACAUAUCCAUUGACAUACAAUAGCUUUAUAUUUCGAUGUGUGUUGCAAUAACCCUGCAACAUUUUGACUUGAAGCAGGGCUGAUCGCUCAGCCCUGCUUUGAUAAAAAAAAUAAAAGAUAUCUCUCCCAUAACUUACACACUUAUAACUCACACACUCAUUACUCGCACAGACAUAACUCAGACACUCAUAAUUCA